AUGAAGGCUCAAAGACAGGCUGAACAAAAGCAGAAGAAGAAGGCCGAGAAGAAGGCCAAGGGCGUGCUACCCGACCUGUCGUCGACCCAGUCUCUGUACAACUUCAUGAGCUACUCGUCCGAUACGGCGGGGCCGGGAGUCACGCUACAGACAAUGAAGGGAGAGAAGUUUCUGUUUGGACAUGUCACAGAAGGAACCCAGAGAGCGAUUCUGGAACAGAAGCCACGAGUCAACAAAAUGUCCGGCAUCUACCUCACAGGGCCCGUCACCUGGUCCACCUUGUCCGGUCUUGCCGGCUUCCUGCUGACUCUGGUGGGCAUGGGAAAGACUGAUCUGGACCUGAGAUCGUGUGGUCACAACGUCAACUGGUUCUGCGCCACCUGGAGACACUUUGUGUUUCACAAGACCAUGGCGAUCCGAACCGACAGAAUGACCAAGGGCCACGUGACCGACGAGAUCAACAUUGGCGGCGUUCUCAUCACCCCCACCGAGUCACGGCUGCAACAGGAGGAGCAGCACCAGAACGGAGAGAAGCUCGCUCCCCGAAACCUUCAACCGCUGCGAAGGGACACGCCCUGGACUAACGUCAACCGGGUACUCAAGACCAUGUUCAGCUCGCGAGGCGGAGACUACGGAUACAACCGCAAGGAGUUGCAGAAGCAGUCGGAUACGGCGCUCCCCGCGGUCGAUUUGGACGAGAGAUCCACCUGUUACAUUGCUCAGUUGCACCAAAAGAAGGGCAAGUUCAACGUCGAGGCUGCAAAUGCUCUUAAGGUUCCCAGAUACGACUUCAAGCAGUUAAUCGCAGGCAACAACGUGACUUUGGAGGACGGAUCGGUGAUCAAGCCCGAGCAGUGUAUUGGUGAACCCUCCAACUACGGCCGAAUUCUGUUUCUCGACAUUCCCGAUGCUCGCUACGUUGAUGGUGUCAUCAACUGCCCUGAGUGGACCCGUAAAUACAAUACUCGAGACGCCCAGCCGGUGUAUGGAGCCGGUCAGAAGCGCGAUUCGGGCGAGAUGAACGAGGAAGUCAAGACUCCCGAUGUCUCAAAUGUGCUCGAGCCCUUCGUUUCCACAGUCUACCACUUUUUCGGUCCCGAAAUGGAGUCCUAUUUCGCCAGCGACCCCGAAAAGUACUUUGAGUGGAUGGAGUCGUUAGGCAGCAACGUGAUGCACAUCAUUUCUGCUCCCUGGCUCGACCCCCACGCACUGACCUUCCGGGGUUCAGCCAGUUUGUGUUACAAACUUCGAAACAUCGUGGGAGAUCAGUUCCCCUUGCAUGGUAAGGACUACCGAACUCUGAGCGACCCCAAGGCAGAUUUCUUGGCAGAUGAGACCAUCCAGAAUCGAUUCAACAUGCGCCUCUUGACUCAGGGUGACGCUGUGUCUAUUGAAAACACCACAAACACUUCUCGGGUCGUCAACAGUGGUCUACGUGAGUAUGAAGGGUUGGGAUACACUCCGGAGGAGACUUCAGUCGACAGACCGCUUCGAAACGAUGAUGGUACUCUCAAGUGCAAGGCAGAGCUGCUGACACUGGGAACUGGAUCGGCGUGUCCUUCUAAGUACCGAAACGUGGCUGGACUGAUCAUGCGAGUUCCCCGAGCUGACGGCUCUUUCACUGGAGUUGUUAUGGACUGUGGAGAGGGCACCUACGGCACUCUGACCCGGAUGUACUCGCCCGAAGCUUGUCUCCAGAUUAUGCGGGAGAUCAAGAUGAUCUACAUUUCUCAUCUUCACGCCGACCAUCAUCUAGGCACUCCCACCUUCAUCGAACAGUGGCUCAAGGCCAACCCAGACGAGACUCUGUCUGUGGUUGGUCCCCAGUCUUACAAGCGGUUCCUUGAGGAGUGUGCUAAUUUCACCCCGGAAAUGCAAGCUCGAAUCAGGUACUAUGGUUGCUGGGCAUUCUUGGAAAAGCACAGAAAGAUGUCUGCCUUGCCCGAGGUUCCUGGUCUGACCUCGAUUAAGACGUGCUGGGCUCAUCACUGCGAGCAGUCUUUCUGUGUCGAGUUCGGCUUUCAGCUUGAUGACAGCGAGACAUUCAACGUUGCAUACUCUGGUGACACGAGACCCAUCGAGGCCUUUUCGGAGAUGGCCCGAGACUGCGACCUGGUCAUUCACGAGGCUACUUUGAACAACGAUCUUCCCGAGGAGGCUAUCCUUAAGAAACAUUGUACCUUUUCGGAGGCUCUGGGGGUGUGCAAAGACAUGGAAGCCAAGCAUGUCGUUCUCACACACUUUUCACAGCGGUAUCCCAAGUUGCCUGAGCUUUCGGCGUUGACUCUGGAGACGAAGGAUCUACAAAAGGUGCCAGUGGCCAUUGCGUUCGAUAUGAUGCGGAUAAGACUGGGCGAGAUUGCCGAACAGGCCGACCAUUUUGACGCCAUUGCCAAGGCUCUGGAGGAUGGAGAGCGGGGCGAGGCCGACGAUGUUCCUGCAUGGUAA